GUGGACAGAUCACUUAAUAAUUGGGUUCUUUAGGACUUCUGCUUUACUUCUGAGCAGUGGGUGUGAUUGCUGUCCCGGCCAGGAGGCAGUGGCGUUCCCUAGGCUCGAGGGGGAGUGGUGCCACAGUUGCCGCGACCCGGUGCACAAAGAAGAGUCAGGCAAGCGCGCCUGCCGCAGUUCGCCGCAGCCUUCUGUCCCUCUAGGGCUCCCGUCCACCGGUCCCUCCUCGGCGUGGGGAUUGGCCGCAGCCCCGGGCCGGGGCGAGUCUAGGGGGAGCGAGUGGGCGGGGCCGUGUGGCGUCAGCGCAAGAUGGCGGCCUCGGCAGCGCUCUUCUCGAGCUUGCGGAGCAGGCUCCGGGUGGGCGCGCGGGCUCUGUGCGCGAGGCUUGCGCCGCCGCCCCCCCGGGCGUCCGAGCAGGUUGCAGAGAUUGGGAGCCGUGGGAGCACAAAGGCCCAGGGGCCACAGCAGCAGUCAGGCUCUGAGGGACCCAGCUAUGCCAAAAAAGUUGCACUGUGGCUUGCUGGGUUGCUUGGGGCUGGUGGGACUGUGAGCAUCGUUUAUAUUUUCGGAAACAACUCUGUGGAUGAAACUGGUGCCAAGAUUCCAGAUGAAUUCGACAAUGAUCCAAUCCUGGUACAGCAGUUGCGCCGGACAUACAAGUAUUUCAAAGAUUAUAGACAGAUGAUCAUCGAGCCCACCAGCCCCUGCCUCCUCCCAGAUCCUCUGCGGGAACCAUACUAUCAGCCGCCCUACACACUGGUCUUGGAGCUCACUGGUGUCCUCUUGCACCCUGAGUGGUCGCUGGCCACUGGCUGGAGGUUUAAGAAGCGCCCAGGCAUUGAGACCCUGUUCCAGCAGCUUGCCCCUUUGUAUGAAAUUGUCAUCUUUACAUCAGAGACUGGCAUGACUGCCUUUCCACUCAUCGAUAGCGUGGACCCCCAUGGCUUCAUCUCCUACCGCCUGUUCCGGGAUGCCACGAGAUACAUGGAUGGACACCAUGUUAAGGACAUUUCAUGUCUGAACCGGGACCCGGCCCGCGUGGUAGUUGUGGAUUGCAAGAAGGAAGCCUUCCGCCUACAGCCCUACAAUGGUGUUGCCCUGCGGCCCUGGGAUGGCAACUCCGAUGACCGAGUCUUGUUGGACCUGUCUGCCUUCCUCAAGACCAUUGCUCUGAACCAAGUGGAGGACGUGCGGACAGUACUGGAGCAUUAUGCACUGGAGGAUGACCCCCUGGAGGCCUUCAAACAGCGACAGAGCCGGCUCGAGCAGGAGGAGCAGCAACGCCUGGCUGAGCUCUCCAGGUCCAAUAAGCAGAACCUCUUCUUUGGCUCUCUCACCAGCCGCCUGUGGCCUCGCUCCAAGCAGCCCUGACCUCUGGGCCUCCUCAGACUCACUGCCUGGGCCUCUGGCCCCUCUGUGCCCAGUCCAAGGCGGCCUGGCCAGUCACGUGUCCAAUAAAGUGCAUCCCAGACGCC